AGUCGGGACCGGGACCGGGAUUGGGACCGGGAUCGGGAUCGGGACUGGGAUGGGGAUUGCGAUCGGGAUCGGGAUCGGGACGAGCAGCGGCGAGGCCGCGCCCAAUCCACGCCCACAACACCAAACUUGGAUAACUAUCACGCCCACCCUCAGAGCCACGCCCCAUCUCGAUCCCAUAUCCACGCCCCUAAUUAAAUCAAGCUACGCCCGUUACUGCCAAACCACGCCGCUUUAUGGCUUUCGAGUCACGCCCCUCUCUCCCAUUGGCUGAGCCCGGCGCCCCCAGCCGGGCUCCGCCCUCCCCUUCCCGGCACCCCCGGCACUUCCAAUAUGGCGGCGCCGCGGUCGCGGCGGGGCCGGGCCCGGUAGUUUCCAGAGGAUCGCGGGGGUUCCUGGGGCUUUCCGGCGGAUCCCGGCGCCCCGAUGGGGCCCGGCGGCCUCACGGUGCUGCUGGCGGUGCUGAGCGCGGUGCCGGGCGGGCUGCGCCCGGCGGCGGCGGCGGCGAGCGAGGAACGGCCCGCGAGCCCCGCGGUGGCCACGCCGUGCUGGCGAGUGGAGCAGUUCGUGGUUGCCCAGGAGUGCACGCGGUGCUCCGGCUUCGAGAUGAAGACGAUCCCGGCCUGCGGCCCCACCGGCUUCAUCGAGAAGAUCAACUGCGCCUCGUCCCACCGGGAUGAGUACAAGAGCUGCCGCUCAGCCGCGCUGGAGGCACAGCGGUUCUGGCGCUUCGUGGGCUCCGCUCUGGGCGUGGCGGCCGCGGCGGCGGCGCUCGUGGUGUUGCGGCAGCGCGUGCUGGACCAGCGGGCGCUGGAGAAGGUCCGCAAGCAGAUUGAGUCCAUUUAGCCAGAGGCUCCCGAGGGCUGGGAGCCGGGAAUUCCGCUCGCCCAGAGCGGCGGGAGGAGGGGCAGCCUCUGCUUUGCUGCUGGGACCUGGAGUCCUGCUGGGAUCUGCCUUGGGAGAGCAUCCAGGGGAUCCCCCAGAGCGGGAUGUGGAAUAAAUCCUGGUCACUGCUCCGGAGUGAUGCUGAGUUCAUCCUUUGGGGGGAAUCCCUGUCACCCCCCCAGCACUGGGAUCUGCUCUGGGAUCAUCCAGGGUGUCUUCAGGGUCCCACUCCAGGAGAGGGAUGUGGAAUAAAUCCUGGUCAUCGUU